CAUACCUCUCACCCCUAAUCCUAGAUCCAAGAUAAGUCAUACUUUUGAUUUCCCAGAUACUCUAUUUUUAAAAAAUUUGAAAGGUCGAAUUUUUUCUGUUGAAAAAUUGAGGUUUCCAAUCAAAAUGAACAACCAACGGACGAACAAAAGUAAGCCAUCAAUGCAGAUGUACUUCCAAUAAUAAUCACAUAGUUAUUUAUUGAGAAAUAAGAAUGUCUCGUAUAAAUAUUUUAGGUUUAAUUCUAAGGCAUCAUAAAUUUAAGUUGUUUCUUUUAUUUUUAACUCUUCUAGUAUUAUUUAAUACGCUUUUAUAUACUCAGUUCUUUACAGUAUUUGAGGUUAUCCCUCAGAACAAAGUAUUAUCCAAUCUAGUCGCCGAUAAAAAUCGUAACAGCACGUUAGUCAAUUGUACUUUUCAUACUUUUGAUUCAAGUAGAUUGCAUUACCCUGACAUCAAUGUACCAGAUGACUUGAACUCGUGGGCCAAAAAGCUCAACAUUAGUAAAGGAGAAUGGAAACCUCACGAUUGCACCGCUUUGUUUUACGUCGCCAUCAUAAUACCUUACCGGAACCGCGAAGAGCAUCUGAAAAUCUUCCUUUACAACAUUCAUCCUUUUCUACAAAAACAAAACGUACAUUACCGAAUCUACGUUAUCGAACAAUCAGAUCCACUGAAUUUCAAUCGAGGAAAAUUAUUCAAUAUCGGAUACAUCGAAGCUCUAAAAGAUCACACCUAUCCGUGUUUUAUAUUUCACGACAUCGAUUUACUCCCUCAAAAUUACAAUAAUAUUUACGCUUGUACGCGGUAUCCUCGUCAUAUGUCAUCCAGCAUUGACAAAUUCCGAUAUCAGGUUCCUUACGAUCGUAAUUUUGGCGGAGUUACUGCUAUUUUGAGCGAACAAUAUCGUCAAGUGAACGGAUUCGCCAAUUCUUUUUAUGGCUGGGGUGGUGAAGAUGACGAUUUCUUUAAUCGUGUGCGAAUAUCUAGUCUUCGAGUCAGUAGAUUCGCUCAAGAGUUAUCUCGAUAUGCUAGUUUGCCUCAUAAAUUAGCUGAGCCCACUGGCGAUCGUUUUGAUAAACUUAAUAGAGGCGUAUAUACUUAUUCUAAAGAUGGUCUCAAUUCAUUGAGUUAUCAAGUUGCUUCUAAGAGUUUUAAUAUGACUCAUGUUCAUGUAUCAGUUUAUACUUGAAUUUACUUAAUUACGUAUGUAUUUUGUAAAAUGUCUGUGAUUUUAGUAUAAUUUUCGUUUCGUGUUCUGUAACCAUGUUGAAUGUCAAUAUGUACGAGUAAUAUAUGUAAGUACUAUGUAUGUACCUUAGCUUUCAAUUAAAAGUUUACUAUUUCUUCAAA